AUGCUCGCCCGCUCGGCCGUCCGCGCCUCCGUGCGCCGAACCCCCUUCACUCCCGCCCGAUUCCAGUCCACGACGACGGAAAAGGCCGCCGAGGCCGCCAAGGAUACCGCGAGCAAGGCUGCGCAGGGCCUCUCGCGCGUCACCAGUGCCGCCGGCCCUGCCAUCUCUGGCGCGGCAAAGGGUGUUGCCGGCGCCUUGGGCAAGGUUGGCGGAAGGACGGGCAAGGUCGUUGGCUUCGUUGAGAAGCAAGUUCCCUUCGUCGUCUACUACUCCAAGGUCGUUGCCGAAGUUUCUAGGAUUGUUUUCAGGGGCCAGAAGAUGAACCCUCCCUCCCCCGCCACCUUCCAGUCCUUCUACGAGUCCGCCUGGCAAAGCAUCCGUCAACCCAACAAGAUUGCCGACAGCGUUGCCCAGACCGUCAAGUCCGCCAGCCAGAAGCCCGCCGGCUACGUUCCCGGCCUCAGCAACGCCCAGCUCAUUGCUGGUGGCGUCGUCUUCGCCGAGUGCCUUGGCUUCUUCACCGUCGGUGAAAUCAUCGGCCGCUUCAAGCUCGUUGGCUACCACGGCGAGGCCUCUGCUGCCCACCACUAA